CUGUUCUGUGUAAUUUUUGCUGACAGAGACGAACCCUAGAACCAGAUACUCAGAUUCAGAUUCGAUUUCCGUGACAAAUUCCCAAAUUGACAUGCCCAACACCUCAUCCUCGAAAAAGCACGGUCAAGAUCAGCCUGAAUUUACUGGUCCCAUCCCUGUAUCUCUUCGAACCAAAAUGGGCAAAUCCGAAGACAACGAUAAGAAGAAUUCAAGUAAGAAAGUCAAAGAUGUAGAAAUAAGUGUUCCUAUAGUGUAUGGGAACAUAGCAUUUUGGCUUGGGAAAAAAGCUAGUGAGUAUCAAUCGCAUAAAUGGACUAUAUAUGUUCGUGGAGCAUCGAACGAGGACCUGGGGGUUAUUGUAAAGCGAGCUGUUUUUCAGUUGCAUACUAGUUUCAAUAAUCCGACGAGGGUUGUGGAUGCACCUCCUUUUGAGUUGUCGGAGGCAGGAUGGGGAGAAUUUGAAAUUGCAAUCACACUUUAUUUCCACAGUGAUGUUUGCGACAAGCCUUUGAACUUAUAUCAUCACUUGAAGUUGUAUCCAGAGGAUGAAAACAGUUCCAUGUCCACAAAGAAGCCUGUUGUUGUGGAAUCUUAUGAUGAGGUAGUUUUCCCCGAUCCCUCUGAAGCUUUUUUAGCUCGUCUGCAGAAUCACCCAGUUGUGAACUUGCCAAGAUUACCUCCUGGGCUUACCUUACCUCCUCCCAUUCCAGUUGAAGAUGCAAGUAAAAGGAGGAGAGGCGAUACCAAAGAUAAUCCCUUAAGCCAAUGGUUCCUGAAUUUCUCUGAAGCAGAUGAACUCUUACAGCUUGCAGCAGCUCGUCAACAGGUUCAAGCUCAUAUCUCGAAACUCAAACGACAAAUAACUUCGAUAGAUGGACAACAUAAGCAGCAACAGCAGCAGCUUAAAUCUUCUUCUGACCAAUAGAUAUACAAUUAGAACUUUGAGAUUUAUUUUCUGAUUAGUCAGAAUGCUGUUGAAUUGAUUAAAUCUUCCUCAUCAGCUACCUGUUUCUUCAGUUGUAAUGUAGUAAUUCAUUUCAUUUUUGUCCGAGGCGUUAAAAUUGUAUAAGAUUAAUUAAUAAGCAGCCAAUUUGUAUGGCUUAACUGAUAAAAGAUUAACAAAUUCCAUCUGUCUUUUUUGUUAACUAUAAAUAUACAUUGAGUAUAGCUGUUAUAUCAUAUUGACAUGAACUGAGUAAUAAAUAUACUAGUGGUUGAGAUAGUACCAUUACUUUCAGCCGUUUAAUUUUGGUGUGUUUUGUCAUUUCACAUCACAAGUGAGGUUCAUAUGCUGAUGUUCUUCUAUGAAGGUGCUAUGAGCAGACCAAGAUAUACAAGUAGUGAGUAGGUACAACAAUGUAUGGAUGUUAAUUGUUAACCAAGGAAGGUCCCUUUCUAUUGAGGCAAGGAGUGAAUUCAGGAAAGGCCCUUUAGUACUCUGGCUAGUACUUGAAAUAAUUAUCAAGGGACCUACUUUCCCACCUCUCUUCUUAAAAAUCUCUUAUAGUUUUGGAAGUUAAGUUUUAGGCCACACAAUUUUAUUUUAUUUUUUGGUCUAGUAGUCCAAUAGUCUAAUUUUGAUUUUCACCAUAAGUGAGAUGUUGUGGGUUUGAAUCUGCAUAGUUAUUAACUGAGUUAACUUAACAUGAUGAUUGCACAAAUUAUUCG